AUUCAUGGGGUUUGGCAUCUUGUGUCAACCAAUGGCAGCGCGUAUGGAGUUGUGGCUGGCGGGGUUUAAGGUGAUCGUCGGACACCUGUGCCAAUCACAGAGUCUGUAGGAGGAGUUCAGGGGCUCGGAGGUGUGUCUGAAGAAUACGAGUCUACAGCUGCAUACUGUAUCUAAGUCGGGGAGUAAUGGCAUGAGUACUGCUUUAUACUGUUUAGACAAGCUUUACAGUGCGCGCGUUGGAAACUAAUAUUCGACUAUUUCUGUUCUCACGUCAGUUACAAAUUAGGCCUGCAGGCAGUGAGUGGACAGGCGCAGGACUGUCGGACAAACUGUAAACUUAGUCAAAAGCGACUAAAGUCCCCAAACUCACAGGCAGAAGAGGCUUCCAGCGCAAACGAUUAAUCCUUUCUGGCUGUUUCAAGGGAGGAUACGCUGCUGGACAUGUGAAUUUAAAGGAGAUACUUGCCAAGCACAACAAUGAAACCAACGACUGCCCUGUGUUGUUUCGGCUUCCUCCUGACUUGCCUCUUGUUCGGGUCGAGCUCUUCUCAAUCAGUAUGUGCUGGUACAGAGAACAAGCUGAGCACGCUGUCGGACCUGGAGCAGCAGUACCGCACCCUGAGGAAAUACUACGAGAACUGUGAAGUCGUAAUGGGAAACCUUGAGAUCACAAGCAUCGACCGCAGUCGGGACCUCAAAUUCCUCAGAUCUAUCCGAGAAGUGACAGGCUAUGUGUUGGUGGCCCUGAACCAGUUUGACUACCUGCCUUUGGAGAACUUGAGGAUCAUCCGAGGAACCAAGCUGUAUGAGGACCGCUACUCCCUCGCAAUAUUCCUCAACUACAGACGUGAUGGAAACUUUGGCCUGCGCCAGUUGGGUCUGAAAAACCUCACAGAGAUCCUGAGUGGAGGUGUGUAUGUUGACCAGAACAAGUUCCUAUGUCAUGCAGACACAAUCCAUUGGCAGGACAUUGUCAAAAACCCAGGAUCCAUUCCUGUGGUGGUGCCCACCAACAGCAGUGUCACAUGUCAAAAGUGCCAUCGUUCCUGUAAUGGUCGUUGCUGGGGACCCAAAGAGACCCAGUGUCAAAGCUUAACUAAGACAGUGUGUGCUGAGCAGUGUGACGACCGUUGCUUUGGUCCCUAUGUUAGUGACUGCUGCCAUCGUGAGUGUGCAGGUGGUUGCUAUGGACCAAAGGAUACAGAUUGCUUUGCCUGCACCAACUUCAAUGACAGUGGGGCAUGUGUGACCCAGUGCCCCCAGCCAUUUGUCUACAACCCCACCACCUUCCAGCUGGAACACAAUCCCAGGGCAAAGUACACCUAUGGAGCAUUCUGUGUAAAGAAGUGUCCACAUAACUUUGUGGUUGACCAUAGCUCCUGUGUGAGAGCGUGUCCCAGUAACAAGAUGGAGGUGGAGGAGAACCGCAUUAAGAUGUGCAUUCCUUGUACUGACAUCUGCCCGAAAGCGUGUGAUGGCAUUGGUACAGCCAGCCUACAGACAGCUCAGACAGUGGACUCCAGCAACAUCGACAAGUUUGUCAAUUGCACCAAAAUCAACGGCAACCUGGUUUUCCUCAUCACUGGGAUCAAAGGGGAUGUCUAUCACAACAUUGAAGCUUUGGACCCAGAAAAACUCAGUGUAUUCCGCACUGUUCGGGAGAUCACAGGCUUUCUGAACAUCCAGUCUUGGCCUGACAACAUGACAGACUUGAGUGUUUUCUCCAACCUGGCAACUAUUGGGGGAAGAGCGCUGUACAGUGGGAUCUCCCUGCUGGUGUUAAAGCAGCAGGGCAUCUCAUCUCUGCAACUCCAGUCCCUAAGAGAGAUCAGCGCUGGGAACGUCCACAUUGCAGAGAACAGCCAGCUCUGCUACUACAACACUGUCAACUGGACAAGACUGUUCCGUGCUGCAAACCAGAAGGUUCUGAUCCGCAACAACCAAAGCCCACAGCAGUGCUCCAAGGAGCACAUGGUGUGUGACCCGCUGUGUUCGGACGCAGGGUGUUGGGGUCCUGGCCCAGAUCAGUGCCUCUCCUGCAGAUACUUCAGCCGUGGACGAACCUGUGUGGAUACCUGCAACCUUUAUGAAGGUGAUAUUCGAGAAUAUGCCAACGCGUCAGUGUGUGUGGAGUGUGAUGCCCAGUGUGAACGAGCUGACGAUGACUCUUUGACCUGCCACGGUUCGGGCCCAGAUCAUUGUGUGAAAUGCCUCCAUUUCAAGGAUGGUCCUAAUUGUGUAGAAAAGUGUCCCGAUGGCCUGCAAGGUGCCAACAGCUUCAUCUUCAAGUACGCAGAAGCCAACAAUGAAUGCCACCCCUGCCAUGCCAACUGCACUCAGGGGUGCAUUGGGCCAAGACUGCAAGAUUGUAUUGGCUGGAUGGACAGAACCCCUCUGAUCGCAGCAGGGGUGAUCGGCGGCCUCUUCAUGGUGGUGAUCAUGGUGCUGAGCGUAGCAGUGUCUGUGCGCCGGAAGAACAUUAAAAAGAAGAGAGCUCUCCGUCGUUUCCUGGAGACAGAGCUGGUGGAACCUUUAACACCCAGUGGAACAGCACCCAACCAAGCCCAGCUUCGCAUCCUAAAAGAGACAGAACUCAAAAGGGUCAAGAUCCUCGGCUCUGGGGCCUUCGGGACUGUUUACAAGGGUAUUUGGGUCCCAGAGGGUGAAACAGUAAAGAUUCCUGUAGCCAUUAAAAUCCUAAGUGAGGCCACAGGACCCAAGGCUAACGUGGAGUUCAUGGACGAGGCCCUGAUCAUGGCUAGCAUGGAGCACCCCCACCUGGUCCGCCUGCUGGGCGUCUGCCUGAGUCCCACCAUCCAGCUGGUCACACAACUGAUGCCUCAUGGGUGUCUACUUGACUAUGUCCACGAGCACAAGGACAACAUCGGAUCUCAGCUGUUGCUCAAUUGGUGUGUCCAGAUUGCCAAGGGGAUGAUGUAUCUGGAGGAGCGUAGGCUGGUCCACAGGGAUCUGGCAGCCCGAAAUGUCCUGGUCAAAUCUCCCAACCACAUCAAGAUUACCGACUUUGGUCUGGCUCGCCUGCUGGAUGUUAAUGAGAAGGAAUAUAAUGCUGAUGGUGGAAAGAUGCCCAUCAAAUGGAUGGCCCUGGAGUGUAUCCAUUACAGGAAGUUUACUCAUCAGAGUGACGUUUGGAGUUACGGAGUAACCAUCUGGGAGGUGAUGACCUUUGGAGGGAAGCCAUACGAUGGGAUUUCCACCAGAGAUAUCCCGGACCUGCUAGAGAAAGGAGAGCGUCUUCCGCAGCCGCCCAUCUGCACCAUCGACGUUUACAUGGUCAUGGUCAAAUGUUGGAUGAUUGAUGCAGACAGUCGACCCAAGUUCAAGGAGCUGGCUGCAGAGUUCACUCGGAUGGCUCGUGAUCCCCAGAGAUACCUGGUCAUCCAGGGUGAUGACCGCAUGAAGCUACCCAACCCCAAUGACAGCAAGUUCUUCCAGAGCCUCCUGGACGAGGAGGAGCUGGAGGACUUGAUGGAUGCUGAAGAGUACCUGGUGCCCCACUCCUUCAACAUUCCACCACUGGCAUACACUCCCCACACACACAUGGACUCUAACAAGAACCAGUUUGGCUACCAGGACCCCAGUUUCAGCAUGGAGGACAUGCUGGCCACCCUCCCCAGAGUGGUCUCUGUUCCACCCCUGUCUGGAGGCUGCCUCCCUCCAAAGGACCUGUCCUCAGUGGGGCAGACUGGUGGUGGAUUUGUCCGUGGCAACCAGGAUGACCCUCGCUGCAAUGGCACCCUGAGGAAGCAGGCGUCCCCGAGGUCAAGUACCCUUGGGGCUGGCUCAGCUCUCACUGCAGGACAAGGUGGAAGGGAGGAUAGUAGUGGACAGCGUUACAGUGCCGAUCCAACCGGUCUUUUAGCGGAACGAGGAGGAAAAGGAGACAAGGACCAAGAUGGCUACAUGACUGCCAUGAGAGACAAGAACAACUCAGACUAUCUCAACCCAGUAGAGGAAAACCCUUUUGUCACACGUCGUAGGAAUGGUGACGUCCACGCAGUGAUUGAUGGAGCGGGUUGCCACACCCUGCACAUGGCUGGAGCUGCUGCUGCACCCAAGAGUAAGUCCACCCACGGGGACGAUGAGUAUGUCAACGAGCCACUGUACCUGAAUACCUUCCUUAACCCUGGGGACAAGAACGGAUUGGUUGGUGCAGUCUCCAUCUCUGGCCCUGGGUCCUCUGCUGCCCAAUCAAUAUCGCAGACAGUCAACCCAUCAACAUCAACCCACACGGUCUCUUCUUCUGGAUAUGUGGUACCCCCUGGCCACCUCCCCCACCCAUCGUAUCCAUCACACACCCUGCAUCCGGGGCAUUCAGGACACGCUGUGCACUCAGGCAUCACCAGCAGCACCAUCAUGUUUGAUAAGAAAGGCAAGAAGGCCACUUUUGACAAUCCUGAAUACUGGCAGCACAGUCUACCCCCGAAGUCCUCACUGCACAACCCUGAGUACCUGCAGGACUGCAGCACACGCUUCUUCUACCGGCAGAAUGGACGCAUUCGCCCUGCUGUGGCAGAAAACCAGGAGUAUUUGUCCGAGGCUGCUAUGAAAGCUGGCAAUGUGUUGCCACCCCCUCCAUACAGACAGAGGAACACUGUAGUGUAGUGACUCACCUGUAGCACAAUGGAGGGAUGAAUAGAGAGAUAGGGGUGGAGAUGAAUGGACGUUGAACAAUCCUCUCGUUUCCAUGCAGUACUUCUCAACCUGGGUUUUCUUUGCACCCUUCCUGAACACGUCUCUCUGUUAUGUCUGAUUGCAAGUCUUUUAUUCUCACUCUGAGGUUCUGCCUUUUCUUGACAGGACUACAAUACCAGUCACUGACAACCUCACUUGAUAUCCAUCUUUUUUAGCUCCAUCCUUGGCCAUGACACGUAAAAGCAAGUAGACACAUCUCUUCGAGGUUGGUUCUGUUCUGGAGCACACUGUCCUGCCAUCUUUAUUAUCAGAGAGGCACAAAAACAACAAAAUGAAAGACUGAAAUGAGAUAUUUAAUAAGAGAAAAAGGAGAAAUUUAUUGAGGUUAGCCCAAAGAGAGAAUUAUCACCAUGACCUUACAUGCUUUUCUUUAUCCACCUAUGAAUUACAGUUCACCAUGUCCUUUUAGUACAUUUUCCACCCAGCUAGCUUUACACAUUGCAGUAUGCACACAUUGCUAUCGCUUGUGUGCAGUCUAUCACAUGACAUCACAUGCACAUGGAGUUGUGUCGUGACUUACCAGCAAACCUUGUAAGUCAGUGGCUUGCAUGCCUGCCCACACGCUUCUUUGACUUUUACACGUUGCUGCACCAGUAAUCGAAUUCAAACAUUUAUCACAAACAGCUCAUAUCAUACCUAAAACAUUUUAACAUGCCUGCAGCCUCGACACACCAAUAAUAACCAUACAUUAAUCCAUAAGUAAAUAUACACAAACUGACUGAUAAGCCUGCUGCCACUUGAAAUAUAUUCUGGAGGGACAGCUCAAUUGACCUUGUGCUGGAAGACAGAGUGUGCCGAUAAUGGCAGUCAGUGGCACAGCACAGAAAAAGGGGUCAGCAGGAAAAUAAAUGUCACCAUGGUCUUGUGGGAAGCUGUGACAUCACCCAGUACCUGGUGGAAAUCUUUCGACAGAUUAUUGACAUGGCCAGGUUGGGAUUUAAAAGGUUGAUCGCUCAGAAGACAACCCUUAACUUCCCACAUCGGUAUCCCUCUUGUCCCUCUUUCAUCCACACCAAUCCAGUCUGAAGAGCCAGCAAGUAAACUUACCUUCUUAAGAUCAUUGUAAGCAGCAUUGUGACUGACAUAACCAAUGGUAACUGCAGUAUAAGGAAUAAUGUUUCAAUGGAACUGGUGCUUGGGAAUGGACAAAUCUUUUAACAGAGAAAGGAGCGUGAGGAUGAUGGAGAGCAUAUAAACCGAACAUGAGGGAAUAAUAUAAUAUUUUAGAAGCUGGAUCAGAGCAUAGUUUUUGUUUUGAUUCAUUUUUUUUUUCUUUUUCUUUUUAGGCAUCAGGGAUCUGUUUGCGUACGAAUAAGUGUAAGACAAGGUGACUAAUCACCUUGUCUUACACUUAUUCGUACGCAAACAGCACAGAUACCCAGCCAAGAAAGAGCACUGUGGAGAUGGAAAAGAGGCUAACCAUGCAGAGCUGUAAAUAAGCCAAUUACAUGUCAUUACCAGACAGACACAAUCCCAGAAAAAGGCUCUGUGGAGCAAGCUGUGUCUGGAAAGAUGUUGAAGUAUAUCAAAAGAUGAGGAUAAAAGAUUUAUUUUGCACCUCUCUGUGUUCAUACUAUUUUAUGUCAUAAAAAUAGAAAAUUAACUUUGACCAUGUAGUCAAGACUAUAGGGCCUUGCUCUGUCUCUUAGGGUUAAGGUGGUUAAGGAGGAGAGACUGUUAAAACUGUCUAAGGAGGCCUCCUCCACAUUUUUACCAUGGAACACUAUGAAAAAAACGGGACACUUUCUUUUGUAUUGGUGUUUGACAUUAAUGGUGAGACAUCACAAGUUAUCACUGAAUCCACUGAUGGCUAGCUUUCUGUACUCAUACACUACUGCCAGAUGCCACAGUAAACUCUGAUGGAGACCACUAGCAUCUGUUGUCAAAUGACUUUGAAGCCUAAUUUAGGCUGGGGUUGAUAAUUUCAUAGCACUUAAUGCUCUGACACAGCCAAAUGACUUUGCUGUUAUUCUCACAGCAAUUCAUUAAUUUUUUCCCAUCAUGUUGCAACUAUAAUUUACAGUGAGCCAAUAGAUAGUUUCCACUGCAAUGAGGCCCCAUGUUAUCUGUUUCAUAAGGCAUUUUACUAACAAAGCAGCAUCCCCGCACUCUAAAGAAUAUCAUAAUAGUAAUAGGUGGGGUUGGGCGAUAUUCAACGAUGUCCAACAUCAGGGGACAGAAAUAUGUAAAUUUUUCAAUACCGUUAAUACCCAGUUAGCUAUCCCUUUGAUAUCUCUUGUUUUACUAGACUAUUGCAGGCACUGCUAACAAUAUUUGAUUUACAGGAUUUUUGCAUCAAUUCAUUGAAUGUUUAGGUAUUUAAUUUAUUGGAUUAAAGGGGUACUCCAGCAAUUUAGCAAUGUGCUUCCAUAAAGUUGGGGGACUCACAAGAGACAUAUUUAAAAAAGAAUGGUCAAAAUUGAAGGAGCGGAGGCCAAUAUAUCCUGACUCUAAGUCCCUAGUAUGGGUUAAGCUCCAAACACACAACAUCCUACAAUUCCCACAAUGCAACUCAAUAGAACUCAAUUCAUUUGACUCCUUCUACCUCCUAAACCCCACAACUCCAGUGUAAUGCAGGCUUUCUGUUAAAAAAUUUAAGUCUCAAGCCCAAGCAGAGAUAGCCCUGAUGACAUCGAUUAAAACACAAGGGUUAUUUUCUCACUUUAGAAAGCUUCCUCCUGAGCUAGAGAAGACAUACAACUGUUUUCAUUCACAGGCCGAGUAGUACAUCUCGUGAUGAGUAAACCAAAAUGUGUAAAAUUGGUGGCGUGCCCCUUUAACCAAAAACAAACAUUUCCGUUUAUAAUUUCUGAAUUUCCAGAACAUUUAUGAUGAUAUAAAGUGAUAUUGCAUUAUUAAUCAAACCUACCUUGACAUGAGAUUUUAUCAAUAUCGCCCACCCUAAGUAAUAGGUAAUUAUAUCAUAAAAUUUGGAGACCGACUAAUUCCUGUGCAUGUUUCACUGCUGACAUACCAAUACACACUACUGUUACUCAACCUUGUGCCUCUACAAUAAAAUUACCAGGCAGAGGGAAGAUUCAGACAAGCAGUGCUGAUGAUUUACUGUCCAAAACACAGAUGUUGCCCUGGCACAGUGUUGUCUCCCCCUCUCAGGUUUUAUGGGAAAUAAUAAUCAUCCAGUUGAGCUCCAGCUGAGGCACAAGUUGCCACAUCAUAAAGGGACAUCAAAGCAACUGAAAUAAAAGUAUAAUGGAAGACAGACUAGUGCUAUGAUACCACAGUAGACACACUGCUGAGAUGUACAGCUCAACAGAAAUGUGAAUUUUAUAGGUUGGGGGGCCAGGGUUUAAAUGGUCAGUCUUGAAGUUCGCACGGUGUUAAGUAUCACUGACAUUGCUCUGUUACUACUUUGAUUUAGUUGUGCUAGAUCUGUUCUCUCACACUUUCUGAGAUCUUGAUUGUUCUGCUGAUUUUAGAUUUACUAGUUUGAGCUUACAAUUAUGUAUACUUUCUUUGUGUAAAUGUGUGAAAUGAAAGUGUCCUCUCUCUGUUUUUAGAGUUAAAAGUCAGUUAUGUAAGUCUAUUUUUACCAUCACCCAUAAGGUAUUACUUGUAGUGCUUGUAGACUACUGUAUGGCCGUGUGUUUAAGUGCAGUUACAGCAGUGAAGAGUCACCCAAAGGCUUCGUAAUGGAUCUCUAUGGAAAAAUAAAGCCAGUCUUCUGGAGGAGAAAACCUGCUGGCUUUCAGCCAGCCAGCAUCACAAGGGGCUUUAGGUUUUUGAAUGCUAAUUCAUCCACUUUCCCUUGUUCUGUGGGGAAAUCAUGUUACCCAACAUCUUACCCAGUGCACCAGCUGAGAAACCCUGAACGACAGGCAAUAGGUUGUAAUCCUGCAGUGGGUUUAAAACUAAGGUAUUAGCAUUCCAGAAAUGUUACCCGACCAAUGCAUCAAUGUUACAAAAGCUAGCAGGGGAGAAGGUGCAAGUGCACUGUAACUGGCAGAGGAGACUGAAGUUGAUUGCCAUUCUUUCUUCUCCUCAGAGGUCACUAUAGAAUUGUAUGUAGCAAACACUGUUCUGCAGCUGAAGCAGUGAAAGCGAAAAGCAGCUAUGUGUGGAGUGAAUACGAACAAAGACUAAAACAAUCUAGAAAGGAAAAGUGGUCAAAUGUUAGCAUGAGUCAUAGUUUCAUGUGAAAAGAUAUGAUGUUCUGUGUAAAGGUAAGCCUCAUAGAUACAGUACUUAUUUAAAGGAGCACAAUAACUCCCUCUCAAUACUAACUGCUCAUCCAGUAAAUCGGCCUUAUAGUAACAGUUCUAUUUAUUUUGUGCAUCUACCUUUGUUUCAGGGUUUAAUGUAUUUUAAACAAAUGUUAUACAAGAAUAUUGUAAAUGGUGUGUAAAGUUUUGUUUUUACUCUAGUUUUUUGCUCUUCAGGGUGUCAUUGUGGCAACAGAGAGUUUUUUGAUAUCCAGUUUGAAGGCUUCAUCGUCUUAUGUCUGUCAUGAUCUCUAAUCAACUUUAAAACAAUUACCAGCUAUGUCCCAACUCAGGGGCUAGAUGUUUACCCUUCAGAGGAACUGAAGUCCAGGCUUAACCUGUAUAUUGUUGCUAAAUGAAACUAGAUUAACAAAGACCAAAACUAAUGUUGUGUUCAGGUGCUCCUCAUCAACUCAUUAAGCUUUUGCAAGUUUCUCACCAAGCAGUUUCCCUCAGACAGCCUAAGACAUUUAAAUACCAAUGAUUAAGGACAGGUUUCACAAUACCUGACUUUACAGUAUGAUUUUCUUAUAUUACUUCAACACACGAUGGCUGGACUGGCAGUUAAGACCAGCUUAAUAGUGCAAAUAUCAAAAUAACCUCCACUUCUAACCCCCUGUGAUUAAUAUGUCCAGGCUGAAAAUGAGAAUAAACAGUGGAGUUCAUAGUUAGCUUCCAUUAUUUAUACCUUGCAGUGAUUUUUUUAACUAGUUAAUUAAAGUAAUGAUACUUCCCAGUUUUAUGAGUCGGCGAGGAAUGCCUGACCACUCAGGUUAAAAACUGACUGGUGCAAAUUUGAUUGUGGGAUAUUGAGGACUGGGCAUUAUAAACCAGUUGUGUCCUCCAAAUGUCACAUUUUGUGGGACCUUUGAAAUAGAACAGCCCAUGUUGGACCAUUAAGACACAUCCGGCCCAGAAAUGAGGACUUUGCGGGGUCCAGCCCCUGAAGUGGGACACAGCCACUGUAUUUAUAGAGUGUGCUCUAUUUCACUUUUCUAUGCUUUGAUUAUUCAUAUCAUGAGGACAUUUUUCACAGCAUCGGUAAUAUCAAUCCACCUGUGGUCUAAAUAAGCUUACUGUAUCGGAUAAACAUGCAUUACAUUUCAGAGAACUUCACUAUUAAUUGCUCAAAUAGAAAAAGUUUUGGUCUAUGCAUCAUCAAAUCACAUUUUUAAAGGGAAACCAUAAAUUAGCUGACAAACACAUAUUCUGCCAUUGUAAUAGAAUCAAACUGUGUUUGGCUGUCAUCCUCUGAUUUUAUACUGAUUUAUGUGUGCAUAUUUUACCAUGCCAUCAAAACUGGGGUACAUGAUGGUGGCUGAGUAAGCACAGUUUACAAUGUAUUCACGGUAAAACUGUAAAAUGGAAUUAAUAAUUGUCUUUUAACCAAAUGACAAAGACAUUCAGAUAAUGGGUCACUCAACAGUUUUACCAUUGUUAAAAAAAAAAUUUAAAAAAUUAAAAACUGGAAAGUAUUUUUAUAGGUAGGUAAAAGGUGGCCAGGUGAAUCUGUAAAUAGGACAAUGAUGCUUCUUUUUCCAGCUGAAGAUAUUUUUUGUUUGUUUUUAUUUCUCCUUGCAUCGUUGCAUUUUUAGUGGUCUACUGUACCUUCAUUUUUUUCUUUGGGGAAUAUCUUUUCUGUAUGUAUAUAAAUAUAUAUACAGUUUAUAUAUAUAUAUAAAUAUAUAUAUUCUGUAAAUGUAAUUUGAAGAGUGAACUUGAUUUAAAAAUGCUUGCAGGGUCUCUUGUCACCCCCACCCCAUCAUUUACCCUGUAAUUAUGUGAUUGUGUUUUCAGCACAACUUGGUGGAUUUUGUGUUUCGACCUCUACUCUUGCUCACUUUGUAGGAGUGAACAUUUUUUUCUUUUUUUUAUUGGGUGUAUUAUACCUACACUACCCUCCACACUUCUCUCAGUAUUAUCCACCUCUUCAGAUUUUUUUAAAUAUUUUGUACACUCUUAAAAAUGCUGUUGCAAUACUAAUGAAUAUUCAAUAUUUCAUCCCCGUUUUCUCUUAGUCUUUUCCUAACCAAUGUUAUUAAUCCACCAGUGUCACUUUACACCCUGAGUUUUAAGGACCUAUACUAUAUUUCCUGAAGUAGUUUAAUUUCCAUUUGCACUGAGUUCAGCCAUUGUUUAAUUUUAGAUGAUAUUCAGCUCUUCAUCCAUUUGGGGCAAUACUGAUUGAAUGGUGUAGCAAUAUCAUGUUACAGCCCGCAGAGUGAUUUAAGGGUGUUUGAGAGACAAAAUAGAAGACAGGCUGGAAUGAUCAUUUAAAUGACUGAUAUUUGCUUGUACAGAGGUUAGUAGGUUAAGUUUUUUGGCUUUAUCAGGACAUAAAUGUUGACUUUUUUCCAGAAGUCAAAGCUUAACAGGAAGUUAAUAUUUCCAUUUCACAGGAUCUUUACAGGAUUUUUUGGGAAUUUGGCCCAUUUGUCACCUUACCUAAUAUUUGAUGUGAGGACUGGCACCAAAAUCAUCUUGUUGAACUGUUUUCUUUGUGGCAUAGCAAAUGUGUUAGAAGUGAUGAAGUGCAUCACAAUUCUGAUACAAAGUGUUGCUGAUGCUCAUAAACUGAGUGGUUUGUUUAAUUCACUAUCUAAAUCUUUCAGGGAAAACAGUAUUGUAGGACCAUUUUAUGGACACACAGAUUGACAAUUGGAAUAUACUGUCAGUUGUAUUAGAUAUUUCAAUUAUAGAAGGCUCAAGCAAAACCUGUGUUGUUUAUGCAGGAAGUGAGCCAGACAACUAAAAGUUUUGUGCUGUUUUCUGAUAAUGCUGCAGACUUAAGUAAUGAUGAAUACUGCGAUUUUGUUUUCAAAAGUUAGAAUUUUAACCAGUAUCAACUUUGGUUUACUUAAAUGUAGUCAUAAUUUUUGUAUAUUGCCUAUCACCUACAGAAUACUAUAGCCCUGUUGUACACUUACCAUUGGAAAGUGUAUAAGCACAGAUGACUUUGGUGGCAAUCCUGUCAUUUACAAUAUCCAGCAUUUGCAUAUAUAUUUGGUAAAGUGGUCAAUUUGGCAAGCUUCUCCAAAGUGUCUUUUUAAAAGUACAUUGAAGUUUGGAGGAAUUAUCUAUCGUAAAAUGAUCACAAAUUAUCAUUGCUUUGUAUCGACUCAUCGGAAUGAUUGAGAAGUUUUAUAGCUCAUACCUUGUCACAUAUUACCAGUUUUAAACUUUUUCUUCACUGGUUAUUUGACACAUUUCCCGAGCUAGAACAUUUAAAUACAUAUUCCGUCUGUUUUGUUACAUGAAUCUGUCAAAACUAUAUUUUUAAUUCAAUAUGAAUAAAGAUCAGUCAAUAUUUAAA